UGGCCGUCGACAACGUGAACACGCUCUUUUCUCGCUUCUGAGUUCCGAGCUCCCACCAAAGACAAGAAGAAGACGAUGAAAAAGAAAGCUACGCAUUUUCAACUGAACCCCAACUGGGCUCAGUUCCAAGAAGCCCUCAAGAGCCAGCCUAAGCCUUCAAAACCCUUCAACAACUCUGGCUCUAAAACCCCAAGAACCAUCUUGGGGAAAAGGAAAGACAGAGUGGAUGAUUCUCCGUCUCUGUUGAAUGUUCUGGAGCCUGUUAAUGAUGACUGCAGUUUGACAGAUGAAAUAGGCAUGGAUUGCGAAAUGGUCGGUGUUGGUCUAGGAAGUAAAAGUGCCCUUGGACGAGUUACACUGAUAAAUAAAUGGGGCAACAUUGUAUAUGAUGAAUAUGUUCGCCCAGUAGAACGCGUUGUUGAUUUCCGAACUCAAAUAAGUGGCAUUCGUUCCUGGGACUUGCGAAAAGCGAAGGAUUUUCGAGUAGUUCAGAAAAAAGUGGCUGAGCUGAUUAAAGGACGAAUUCUCGUGGGCCAUGCAUUGCGGAAUGAUCUGAAGGCAUUACUCCUGAGUCAUCCCAAGGAGGACUUGAGGGAUACAUCAGUAUAUCAACCCUUUAAGAGGGAGGAAGGAUCUGUGAGGGCGCUUCGGCAUCUUGCAGCUGAGUUUCUUGGUGUUGAAAUCCAAAAUGGAGAGCACUGCCCUGUAGAAGAUGCUCGUGCUGCGAUGCUGCUUUAUCAGAAAAACAGACGAGCAUGGGAAAAGAGCGUCAAACUUCAACUUAGUCUUAAAGAGAAGCAGAAGAAACGCGGCAAGGGAAAGAAGAAAAGAAAGGAAGGGGCUGACUUGAAAAGGAAUCACGCAGAGUAAUUACUUCCAAUUGACAGUUCUUGUGACUAUUUGGAAGGUAGUCGAACGCUCAAUUCAAUCAACAGACAGAACUACACAUAAUCUCAUGGCUUAAUUAUUCCUUUUUCAAUCAAUCAAAAUCCUAGUUCUAGUGUUUAUCCUCAUCCAUGGUAGAAAAUUAUGUUUGUUGUAAGCUGAACCAUUCUUCAUAUGUCAUCUCUUGGAGAAAUCUAUGUAUCAAACAAGAUAUUAUUAAAUGUAAAAUGCUGCUGGUGUGUGCCAGUACAA